UUAAAAACAAUCACUGCAGCCUCAGGAGUGUGUGUAAUGUGUCACUAGUCUGUCUGUAAACGGCUGCAUGCAAAAGUACAUACUUUGUAAGGACAGCUGCAGUGUACUAAAAGGAAAAAGCAAAAGUAUGUGAUUUGGGACGUAGUCAGUCGUGCUGCUCCUCGUCCUGGAAUGAAUCAUAGCUUGAUAACUCCUCCCUCCUCUUCCUGCUCUCAAACACAACCCACUCCAAUCGGUCCAUUUAUUUCCUUGUUCCCUCCCCUUCAGAUCGACAGUUUAAAGGUUGGUGUAACCAAGAUAACACAUGAUGAUUAGAUCAGAGCUCAAACUAGUGUCGGUUCUCAGGAAGUGAUACUCAGACAGUCGUUGCUACUGAGAGGUGAAAUGGCGCAGAAAGGAGUUCAGCUGGACGAGGAAGCAAUCUCUUGUUCGAUCUGUCUGGAUCUACUGAAGGAUCCAGUGACUACUUCCUGUGGACACAGCUACUGCAUGAACUGUAUUAAAACCCACUGGGAUGGAGAGGAUGAGAAGAAGAUCUACAGCUGUCCUCAGUGUAGGCAGACCUUCAAACGGAGGCCUGUCCUGAUGAAAAACACCAUGUUAGCAGAUUUAGUGGAGAAACUGAAGAAGACUGGACUCCAAGCUGCUCCUGCUGAUCACUGCUAUGCUGGACCUGAAGAUGUGGCCUGUGAUAAACACAAGCUGGUGGAGCCCUCCAAGAAGCUCCAGGAGAAAGAAGAAAGGACCGAGAGGCAGAGAGAGCUGGAGGUGAGUCGACUCAACAUCCAGCAGAGGAUCCAGGACAGAGAGAAAGAUGUGAAGCUGCUCCAACAGGAGGUGGAGGCUGUCAAUCGCUCUGCUGAUAAAGCAGUGAAGGACAGUGAGAAGAUCUUCACCGAGCUGAUCCGUCUCAUGGAGAAAAGAAGCUGUGAUGUGAAGCAGCAGGUCAGAUCCCAGCAGAAAAGCGAAGUGAGUCGAGUCAAAGAGCUUCAGGAGAAGCUGGAGCAGGAGAUCACUGAGCUGAAGAGGAGAGACGCUGAGCUGAAGCUGCUGUCACACACAGAGGAUCCCAACCAGUUUCUACUCGACUACCCCUCACUGUCACCACUCAGUGAAUCUACACACUCAUCCAGCAUCAAUAUCCGUCCUCUGAGCUACUUUGAGGACGUGACGGCGGCUGUGUCAGAAGUCAGAGAUAAACUACAGGACGUUCUGAGAGAGAAAUGGACAAACGUCUCACAGACAGUGACUGAAGUGGAUGUUUUACUGUCACAACCAGAGCCCAAGACCAGAGCUGGAUUCUUACAGUAUUCACGAGAAAUCACACUGGAUCCAAACACAGCAUACACAGAGCUGUUAUUAUCUGAGGGGAACAGAAAAGCAACAUUAAUGAUGCAACAACAGUCUUAUUUUAGUCACCCAGACAGAUUCACUGAAGGUUAUCAGGUCCUGAGUAGAGAGAGUCUGACUGGACGUUGUUACUGGGAGGUGGAGAGGAGAGGGGGAGGAGUUUAUGUAGCAGUCGCAUACAAGAGUAUCAGGAGAGCAGGGACGGUGAAUGAAUGUGGGUUUGGAUGGAAUGACAAAUCUUGGGCGUUACGUUGUUACCAAAACAGUUAUACAUUUUGGUACAACAGAGUCCAAACCCCCGUCUCAGGUCCUCUGUCCUCCAGAGUAGGAGUGUAUCUGGAUCACAGUGCAGGUAUUCUGUCCUUCUACAGCGUCUCUGAAACCAUGACUCUCCUCCACAGAGUCCAGACCACAUUCACUGAGCCUCUCUAUGCUGGACUUUGGCUUCUGGGUUAUGAUGUCACUGCUGAGUUGUGUAAACUGAAAUAGACAGAAGUCAUUUAAGGGUUCAAUUCUGUGUUUUAACUCUUAAACUUAUCUGGUGUCCAUCAUUGUUGCUGUAGAGCUGAUUUUUCUUUUCAUGUCUUCACUGCACAGAGAUCAGCUGUCAAUCAAACAUUACGGGCUCUACUUUGACCAAAGAACGUUUAUUACCAAGAAGUGAAAGUACAAAAGUAAAAGCUAAAUUAUUUCUAUUCUAUUGUCACAUUCUACCAAAACGGCCGGUGUUGAACUAUAAAAUAUUAUGAAUAUAAGAAGUGUUUCCAGUCCAAAAUGGCGGCGGCUGUUGUCAAAAAG